AUGUCAUUCACUACGCGCAUCCCGCUUUUCCUACUCGCCCUCCUCGCCCUCACAUUCUCAGUCCAAGCCCAAGGAGCAACAAGCAUCCUCCCCUCCGCCGCAACAGACAAAUUCCCCCAGUGCGGUCUAUCCUGUGCACCACUCACAAACGCCCAGUCCUCCUGCGAAGCCGGCACACCCGCAUCCUGGACAUCAUGUUUCUGCGAGUCCGCUCUCCUCACCGGCCUCAAGUCCUCCGGUAGCAUCUGCGCUUCUUGCAGCGCAGCCGACCAAUCCAAGCUGUCAACUUGGUACAACGAGUACUGCGUCUCCGGCGGGAAACAGCCGGAAUCACCCCAACCCGCGACAACAACCAUCAGCGCAGCCAGCGCAACCGCUACAGAUGCGAGCUCUACUUCGAGCGCAAGUCAGCCUUUUGCGACUGAGGAGAAGAAAUCUUGGUGGUCCGGGCACUAUCAGUGGGUUAUAAUGCUCAUCGUCAUAGUAAUCGGCUUCAGCAUCAUCGCCGUCGCAGGCGUCUACUUCAAGCGUCGCUACGACGCAAAGCGUCCAAACCUCUACCACGCCGGCAGCACCAGCGCCCUGAGCGCAUCCUCCCCGCCCGCUCCUCGUGACUCAACAUGGGGUCCGGCGCCUGUGCCCGGACAGCCUGGGUUUGGACCUGGGUCUGUGGCUAGUAGUUCGUCGAAUGUGGGGAAGAGUAGUACGCCUGUUGCGGGGACGCGGACGCGGUUGACGAAGAUUGAGCAGGGGUCUGGGGAGUUGGAGGUUCGACAGGUAUAG